AUUGAUAUUUUGUUUUACUCUGAAUUUGAAAUUGUUCCUGGACCUCUUAGUUGAACUGUUUACAAAAUGAUGCAGCAUCAUUUGGAGCUAGGGGGACAUUACUAUCAUCCGGAAGCACAUCCAGACCACAGAUCCCACCGUUACAGGAGUUUCAUGAUCGAAGAAAUUUUGACGGACCACCAUAACCACAAAGUGGCCGCUCCGGCCGGAGAACUCCUCAAAUUUGGAGUACAAGCUCUUCUUUCUGCACGACCAUACCAUAAUCAUUUAGUCUUGAAGGCAGACCAGGCCGGUAUCCUGAAAUUCCCAAUGUCACCCCUAUCGUGUUCGCUUGGAGCGCCGCUGGGAUCCGCACUGCUUUCCGGAGCUUCUGGCCUGCAGGUUGGUUCGGCCUCACAUCAUUUGCCACUGGAUCUCCAUCUGCGCAGUAAACUUGAUGGCGGGGAUGGUAUGAGCAAGACAAAGAAAGGAAGGCGAAGUCGAACAGUUUUUACUGAACUCCAGCUCAUGGGCUUGGAGAAAAGAUUUGAGAAGCAAAAAUAUCUUUCCACACCAGACAGAAUAGACCUGGCUGAAUCACUAGGCCUAAGUCAACUUCAAGUUAAAACGUGGUAUCAAAACAGAAGAAUGAAAUGGAAGAAAAUAGUUUUACAAGGAGGAGGACUGGAAUCUCCGACCAAACCCAAAGGCCGACCGAAAAAGAACUCCAUCCCAACCAGUGAACAACUCUCGGAGCAGGAAAAGUCUCGGGAAACGGACCGGCUCUCUGACAGUUCCUCCUCGACACGCUCGGAUUCUAAUCAGGAGGAGUAA